AUGGGGAAGCCACCCUCCCGGCCGCAGCGUCCCAGACCAACUCCAGCACCGCCCCGAGCUGCCGCCGGGUCCCGUCCCGUUCGGGCAAGGCGCUCACACACCCCACGGCUCUCCCGGGCUCCUCGGCGGCUCCGUCCCGUCUCUGCCCCACGGCUGGAGCCCCUUUGGAAAGGCAGCGCAUCGCGGCCGGAGGAGGAACGAGCGGAGUCGGGAGGGGAACGAACCACGCAGAGUAACGUCCCUCGGCUGAGGGAGCGCGGGGAGGUGCCCCUCUGUGCCAGCGGAGCGUGCCUCCGCCUCAGCAUCUCUCCAACUCCAGCUCUGAUGGGGAUUCAAAUGCAGGAAGACAAAAACCACCACCACCACCGGCAGCGACCCGAACCGGCACUUACCUUCUCCGGGACGGGCGCUUUCCCCCCGCAGCCGAGCGGUCCUUCCUUCGCCCCGUCGCUCCGGGCGAGCGGCUCCCGCUCCGUCCCCGCGGCGGCUCCGCUUCUCGGCGGGACAGGGAGCUGCCGAGCGCUGGGAGGAGGCGGGCGGCGGGGAAGGUCCCCGCUCUUCCCGGGAUGCGCCGGGGAGGUGGCUGCCUCCCCCCCUCGCUGUCCGGAGGAGCAGCCCCUCUGUCCCGUUCUCCUUCUCCUCACGCCGCUCUCCGCGGCGCCGCGCACCGGCCCCGCCGGGCGGCCGGGAGGACCCGGGGGCGACAGGAGAUUCCGCCGGGGGCCUCCUGUCCUCCCCCCGGGGCCUCUCCGCGGGGAGAGGAGGCCCUGCCCCGGCCUGCCGGGCGGCGAGCAGCCCCGGGAAGGUCAACGGCACCGCGGAGCCGGGCGCGGAGAGGCUCCCCCCGGCCCCGCCGCCGCUACCGCCGCCGCCAGCCCGGCCUCAGCGGCCGCUGGGUGCCGCGCUGCGCCCGCUCCGUGCCGGUGCCCGGCGGCCGCCUCCGACUCCGAGUGCCAGGCUGCCCCCUUCCCUUUCCUUCCUUCCUUCCUUCCUUCCUUGUCUCCCGCCCCUUCCCCGCUGCCGGGCUCCCUCCGGUGCCAGGCUGCCCCCCUGCGGGUCUCGCCGCCGCGCACGCCCUGUCAGCCGAGCCGGAGCGCGGCCGUGAGACCGGCUGCCGUGCCGCUCCGAAGGUGCCGGGGAGCGGGAUGCUCGGCACCGCUCUGCCCCGGGCUCAGCUGCAGUGCCUGUGUGUCUGUGUCAUGUCUGUGCAUGGGCGGGCGGAGGCGCGGCGCCGAGGCGGAGCCAGCCCGCUCACACGCCGCCCAGCGACAGGCGCUGAGCGCCCAACCAGCGGCGGCCGCUAACGCGGCAAAGCCCGCUCACCGCCGCCACCGGCGAUGCUACGCCUAGGGUCGGGCGGACGGGGCAGCGAGAGCGUCCCGCGGGAGGGGGCUGUGCGAGCAGAGCCGGCUCCGCGCAGGGUAAAGCGGGCCGAGCACCCCGUGCCGCGCAUCCCUCGCCGAGCAUCCCGUGUCGCUCAUCCCGUGCCGCUCAUCCGUCGCCGAGCACCCCUCGCCGCGCAUCCCGUGCCGAGCACCCCUCGCCGCGCACCCCCCGCCUCGCAUCCCGUGCCUCGCGCCCCUUGCGGAGCAUCUCUGGCCGCGCACCCCGCGCAGCCGCCGGAGCGCCCCGCCGGGAGUGCGGGAGCAGCGAGCGGCGCUGGCCCGGAGCGAGCCCCCAGGUGCCGCGCAGGAAGGCGCAAUCUUCGAACGUCAGCGCUCAGCGAUGAAAGACCCAGCUCAGUACCCUCUGGCCGGCAGGAACGAACGCCGCUUCUUUUCUCUUAAAAGCAGCGGAACGUGUCCCUUUGUGAUUUCCCUGGGCGCUGGUAACUGCUGGGAGCGAAGUGAUAAAGGCAGCUUUUUGGGUUUUGUUUUUGUUUUCCUGCCGUGGGCAUAGAACAACCAUCCACUCUCGGUUUUUUGUUUGUUUGUUUGUUUGUUUUUAUUCAUCAUCUUUCUUUCACUUCAUUAUCAGUGUAAAAUGAGUCGAUGCGAUACAUUAUCAUACCGAGAGGACCGCGUGAUGAACUGUGUGCGUGAGCGGAGAGGGUGCCUGGCGUGGUGAGGGGAGUGCUAGGAGAACGGGAGUUAGAGGAGGAGAGAAAACGUGCAUACCAUUCGGUUUAAAAAGGCAUUGAUACGUUGUUAGAAGAGGAAGGAAAGUAUACACGUGCUUUGAGUAACAAUGUAAAUAAUCCGAAGUAGAAAUAAUAGGGGUACUCUUCAGUACUUACUGUUUCCUUCUUCCAGAGUGAUAAGUGAAUGAACUUACAGAAAAGUGUUCUAUAAAACAUGCCACAGGUGCUAAUUUCUCUUGUUAUAUAAACUGCUGAAAUACCAUGGCUUAUUCAGAAGUUGCUUUAUUGCAGGCAGAAAUCAUCUUCUGAGGUACGCUAUACCAAAACGUUGUGAAUUCUGGAACAGGUUAUCCGUGGCAAAAGAGCGUUUGCCAGACUGGAUUAAGGCACUGGUCCGUCCUGGAGCUGAGGCCAGAACCACCAGCUUCCUGGUGCUUCAGUCAAGAGUGGUGUCAGGUUGGUGACCUACUCGCGAAAUGGACAACAGUUGUCCAAAGCCAGAAAAGUGUUUGUCAGAAGCUUUAGCCAAGAAUGAUUACUGUGAGAUCAGGAAAAGAGGGACAGCAGGAGUGACUACCGACGAAGAUAGAGUUUUUCAGAAAUUGUGUUUAUAAGCACGUAAUCUUUUCACGUUCAUCAUAAAAUCACUCCGUCAGUCUUUGUCCUUGAAAAUUCUGAAGUGGCAAUUGCUUUGGACAUAGAGUAAACAAGCAACGCAGAAGGAUCCUUAUGCCAAGGACAGGUUGAAGAAAUUAGAUGCAAAUAUUUGCACUUGGGCUUUUGUUCAGCUAGGAGGAAGAUUUCUCUAGAAGCUGCACAGUU